AGUUACUCUACGACAUCAUCGAGUUUAGUGCAGUUAUUUAGUUAGAAUUAUAUAGUCAAGCAAUAAUGGAUCACACGGUGUGCAAGCAAGUUCAGCCAGUCGUUAGGAAAGCAAGGAAGAAACAUGGUAAAGAUGAAUUUGAUCGUAUCAAACAAGCUGAGAAGAAAAAGAGACGUUUGGAGAAAGCUCUUGCUACUUCUGCAGCCAUCCGGGCUGAACUUGAAAAGAAGAAGCAGAAGAGAUUGGAAGAACAACAAAGGUUAGAUGAAGAAGGAGCUGCAAUUGCAGAAGCUGUUGCUCUGCACGUCCUACUGGGCGAAGAUUCUGAUGAUUCAUCUCGGGCCAUGCUUGGUGAAGAAAAGGGUUUCACAAUGGAUCUGUUUAGAGAUGAAAGAACCAACUAUGUUCCUCGCCAAAGUUGUGCUAGCUAUGCGGUUCAAGGGAUUGGGUUUGUGUCAAAUGGUUAUGGACUAGGAGAUAGUAACUGGUCGCCAUUCACGAGGAAUGCUUGGGAUAACAACAUGGGAAUAUCAGCCGAUUUGAUUGCUGCUCAGGCUGUCUCGGCGUUACAGAUAUCUGAAAAUGCUGACGGAAACGCCUUUGUGUUCAAUGGGAUGUUCCGGGGAUGAAAAAUGCCACGACUCGUCCUCAUCUGGUCUCUAAAAUAAACAUUUGCCUUCUGCUUGCUUUGGUGUGAAUGCUUUGUUGUUUUUCUCUUGACGUUAGUCCUUAUACUCUGUUUUCGUUCGCUGUAAUAUUACAGACGCAUUUUGAGUUGUAUCUAUCUAUCAUACAUGUUGAAGUCUCUUCAUAUCUGCAUUGUUGCUUAUCUUAUAUCACAUUCUCUUAACAAACCCUUUGACCUUUA